AUGCAAGUGCCUUGUGGUUCGGCUUAUUUGCGCGGAAUUUCAAUUAGCAGUGCCUUGGAAUGUCUAGCACUAGGACCAGGUCGCCGUCACGCAGGGAUCAUUUGCUACGCUGUUUUGGUUCUCGUUUUUGCAGCAUACUUGAAUUUUGCAUCAGCUGAUGAGGAUAUUGUAACAGGCCUGGAAUCUUAUCUUGUGUUUGAGGAAGCGGUUUACUUUGAAAUCAUCUGGCCUGAGUCUUUGAUGUAUACUUUUAAACUACGACAAGCCAGAGACUUUGGAUCCAAAUUUGAUAAAGUCUAUCAAAAGGUGGAUAUGGUCCUGACUGAUCCAGAAGAGGCAUGCCAAGAACUAUAUAAUGAUGUCAGUGGGGCUGUAGCUCUUAUGUUGCGUGGUGGUUGCUCAUUUUUGACGAAGACUAAAGUGGCAGAGAGAGCGGGUGCCCUGGCAGCAAUAAUUGCAGAUAAUGAUGAAUCCAAUGAUGUAACAAUGAUCGACAUGAUCGAUGACAGUACUGAGCGGGUUGUCAGCAUUCCUUCAUUCUUUCUACUUGGGAAAGAUGGAUUAAUGAUCCGGCGACAGCUUAGGUUUUUCAAUUCAGACCGAGCAAUCAUCAAAAUCCCAGUCAACCUCACAGGGAAAUCAAUAACUUCCACAAAACGGCCACCUUGGACCGUGUGGUAG